AUGGCGCCCCCCUGGGCCGCUCGCCCACGUGGCACCGUGCUGAGCGACUGGAGGAGAGCCUCCCACGCCCAGGCUCCUCCCUCUGGACCGAAGCGAGAGGAGGACCAGCCGCUGAUGCUCUGGCUGCCGUGGGCGCUGCCAAGGGGCCAGCUCCGGGCUCUCAGGCUCGGCGGUGGCCAGAGCCCCGCAGCCCACUGCACUGGGUUAUACCCGCGGAUAUUGCAGGCUGCUGAUAUCUUUCUUAGAGGUUUUUACACAGUAAAACUCAAAGAAUUGCCAUUGCUUAUUUUGAUUCUUCGAGCUUAUUUUGCCCAUCACCUGAGGUCUGCUGUCAGCAGGGCUGUCUGGGGUGGAAACCAACGACCGAAAUCUGAAGGCAUCACCCCCAAGGACUCUAGCCUAAGAGGCCCGCCCUCCAGCCCCGAAUACGGGGGACUGGGACAUCGCCUCUCUGAGUUGUCACUACACCUGCUAGUUAUAAACACCCCUUCCUCAACACAACAGGGACCAAACGCACUGUGCAAGUGUGAUGGCUGA